ACGCCAAGAAUAGACUCCGAAAUAUUUUACAAAACCGAUAAAGUCAAAAAUGAAAGCUUCUGAGUGUUGUUGAGAGAGUGUUUUUGGGUUUCUUCUCUGCUGGGUUUAAGAAUGGAGAAAGCAGUAAAGGGCGGUUGUUCUCCAUUCAGCCGGUUACCAGACGAUAUUGUGAUUCAAAUUUAUAAUAAAAUAAUGGAUUUGAAAACCCUUUGCUAUUGUCAACUUAUUUCCAAACAUUUAGGUUUGAUCGUCUUUCAAGUCGACAAUGUUUUAUUCAAUGUUCCUCUUCGGAUAGCCCUUGAAAACGAGAAUCGUCCAGAGGACAUAAAAAUCCUAUUCGAAUCAUAUAGAUUGCCCAUUGUAGAUAUCGCCUCCGCUGUUUCUCCUGAUUAUGAUCCUCCUCCUCUUUUAGGAUUAGAUUCUAUUCCAUCUGCCAUUAGGUUUAUCAAGAGGUUUAGGAAGCUAAAGUCUAUAUGCAUCCAGUUUCCGUCUUACGUUCAAAUUAAGGUUGCUGUUUCUUUCCUCUAUAUGAGGAUGGAGAUGACUGGUAUUAGAGGUGACUGGUGUGGUAAAGAGGCACGGAAGUCGGAAGAUCUUUUAGAGGAAGAGGAACUAGAACUAGAACUGGAAGAAGAAGAAGAGGAAGAAGGAGUAGAGGAAGAAGAAGAAGAGGGUUCAGAUGAUGAAGACACUGAUGAAUAUGAAAUGGAAAAUGAGAAACAUUCAGUCAUAAAGGCUAUAUGGCGCCACAGUAGUUAUUAUUCUUGUUUGAAGUAUGUGCUUGAUCGGUUUAAGAAGGUAUUUGCUUGCACUGUUGAGUUCCCGCUGUUGGAAAAGGUUUUCAUUAUGGAUUCCAGUGAAAGUGGGAUUGCAACUUUAAGUGGUGGAGAAAUUGACAAGAUGAGGAACCUGCUACAUUAGUGUGGAACUAAUUAGCAUCUGCGGGCUGGUCAUGUCGACUUUUCUGAUACGCCAUGUGGAUAAUUUAUGUCUAUAAAAACUAACAUGCAAAAUCUGUCUAGUUCUAUAUGUUUUGCUCUUAUUACUAGAUUAUAUCAAUCUUUGAAUUGUGAAAUCUUUCAGUUCUAGUUGGUUUUUGGUUACCUCAACAUAUACUAGUUAAUGUAUGGAAGGUAAUGUAUGUUGA